AUGGAGCUUGCACGACCUCACGUUGCUCUGGGUCAAUCAGAACGCCCGGUAUUCCAGGUCUCCGGCAAAAAUGCAAGUCUUCAAAUCUCCAAUUUGCCUGAAAACUACCAACGUCUCACCUGGUUUUACAACACCACACAGAAAAUUUUACAAUGGGAGUCCAACGAGCCUAAUCCUCGCUUUUUCAGAACUAAAUUUAAGGACAGGGUCAUGCUUUGUCGUGAAAAUGGUGCGCUCCACAUCUCUGAUGUCCGGAAAGAAGACAGCAGCAACUACAUCCUGAAGGUAUUGAAGUCUGGGAUUGAGAGGGGCUGGAAAGUCCCCCUGCAGGUGUUUGAUCCUGUACCUAGGCCUGUCAUAAAAAUUGAGAAGGCACAGGAAGUGAACAACAGCUGUUACCUGAAUCUGUCAUGUGUGGUCCAGGACGAGUCUGUCAAGUACACCUGGUAUGGGGACUCAGGACCCAUUUUGGAAAAGCUCCAGAGCCGUGUGCUUGAAAUCACUGUCAAGCCACAAACCUACUCCAGGUUCUACAUGUGCCAAGUCAGCAAUCCCGUGAGCAACAGCAGUGACACAGUCUACUUCACUUCAGCCUGUAAACUGGCCGGAUCCUCUGGAGUGGCUUGGACCACAGAAUGGCUAGUGGUCAUGAUACUCAUCAUCCUUAGCCUCCUAUUGACUUGAGACAAACUCUCCUAACCGAGGAUGAGACCGACUGCAGGAUCGUGCCUUCAUCAGCGACCAUGCCCUUAACCCGGGCAGCAGCUCUGGCUCUGUGGAAUGGAGAAAGUGUGUUGAAGCACCUAUAAAUAUUUUCAAAUUAACU